CUUUGCUCCCCGCACCAGUGCUGGGAUUGAGCCCAGGGCCUCAAGAUUGCUAUACAAGUGCUCCCCCACUGAGCUACAUCCCUAGUUGGUCUGUCUUUGUUGCAUCCUCCCCCAACCCUGCCAAACCAGGGAUUGAACCCAGGACUUCGCACUUGCGAGAUUUGAUAAUGGGCUGCAUUAAAAGUAAGGAAGACAAAAGUCCAGCCAUUAAAUACAGAACGGAAAACACUCCAGAGCCUGUUGGUACCAGCGUCAGCCAUCACGGAGCAGAGCACACAGCGGUGGCACCGUCCUCUUCAGUGAAGGGCACAUCAGCGAACUUCAGCAGCCUCUCCCUAACACCAUUUGGGGGAUCCUCUGGGGUGACUCCUUUUGGGGGAGCGUCUUCCUCAUUCUCAGUGGUGCCAAGUUCUUAUCCUGCUGGUUUAACAGGUGGUGUUACUAUAUUUGUGGCCUUAUAUGAUUAUGAAGCUAGAACUACAGAAGACCUUUCAUUUAAGAAGGGUGAAAGAUUUCAAAUCAUUAACAAUACGGAAGGAGACUGGUGGGAAGCGCGGUCAAUCGCCACAGGAAAGAACGGCUAUAUCCCCAGCAACUACGUGGCGCCUGCAGACUCCAUUCAGGCAGAAGAAUGGUAUUUUGGCAAAAUGGGGCGAAAAGAUGCUGAACGAUUACUUCUGAAUCCUGGGAAUCAACAAGGUAUAUUCUUGGUAAGAGAAAGCGAAACUACUAAAGGUGCUUACUCGCUGUCUAUUCGUGAUUGGGAUGAGGUAAAGGGCGACAACGUGAAACACUACAAAAUUAGGAAACUUGACAAUGGUGGAUACUAUAUCACAACCAGAGCACAAUUUGAAACGCUGCAGAAAUUGGUGAAACACUACACAGAACAUGCUGAUGGUUUAUGCCACAAGUUAACAACUGUGUGUCCAACUGUGAAACCCCAGACUCAAGGUCUAGCAAAAGAUGCUUGGGAAAUCCCUCGGGAGUCUUUGCGACUAGAGGUUAAACUAGGACAAGGGUGCUUCGGUGAAGUAUGGAUGGGAACCUGGAAUGGAACCACAAAAGUAGCAAUCAAAACACUAAAACCAGGCACAAUGAUGCCAGAAGCUUUUCUUCAAGAAGCACAGAUAAUGAAAAAACUAAGACACGAUAAACUUGUUCCACUCUACGCUGUUGUUUCAGAAGAGCCAAUUUACAUCGUCACUGAGUUUAUGUCCAAAGGGAGCUUACUGGAUUUCCUGAAGGAAGGAGAUGGAAAGUAUUUGAAGCUUCCACAGCUGGUCGAUAUGGCUGCUCAGAUUGCCGAUGGUAUGGCAUAUAUUGAAAGAAUGAACUACAUCCACCGAGAUCUUCGCGCUGCUAAUAUUCUUGUAGGAGAAAAUCUUGUGUGCAAAAUAGCAGAUUUUGGUUUAGCAAGAUUAAUUGAAGACAAUGAAUACACUGCAAGACAAGGUGCAAAAUUUCCAAUCAAAUGGACAGCUCCUGAGGCUGCGCUUUAUGGUCGAUUUACAAUAAAGUCUGAUGUAUGGUCAUUUGGGAUUCUACAGACAGAACUUGUCACAAAGGGGAGAGUGCCAUAUCCAGGUAUGGUAAACCGCGAGGUGCUGGAGCAGGUGGAGCGGGGAUACAGAAUGCCCUGCCCUCAGGGCUGCCCAGAAUCACUCCAUGAAUUGAUGAACCACUGCUGGAAGAAGGACCCUGAUGAAAGACCAACAUUUGAAUAUAUUCAGUCCUUCUUAGAAGACUACUUCACUGCUACAGAGCCACAGUACCAGCCAGGAGAAAAUUUAUAAUCCAAAUAGCCUGUUUUAUAUGCACAGAGCUGCCAAAAUGUAAAGGACUUGUGUAGAGUUCCUCAUGUACAGGAAUCAAAAGAAGAAGGUCUUCUUCACUCUGCAUGUUUUUAAUGGUAAACUGGAAUUCCAGGUAUGGUUGCACAAAACCACUUUUUUCUCCAAGUGUUAAACUUAAAAAGUACCAAUGAUGAAUUUUGCAACUAUUUCAGGGUCCAAAGAAAGCUAUGAUAUUGGUGACAGUGUGAGACAGAACGGCAGGGAAGAGCGGCGAGCCUACUAUUUUAAAUCACUUCCUUCCUUUCUUCUCCAGACUCAGAAUUAUUUUCUGUAGUAGAAUUUAUUUCUCAUAAUUUUAAGAAUAAGAGAAAUAUUAUUAUAGACAAAACUUGGGAGGCAAAAAGUCAAAUCAUAAAAGUAAAUCUAAAGGAACUCAUAGGACCAAAUAAUUCCAUUCCAGGUUUUUUUUAUUUUGUUGCAUUUAUUAUUCUCAAAAGUUUUUUUUCUAUGUUAAACAGUAAAUCUGCGGUCUUAACAUACGCCUCCUUUUGUGUAGAAAUGCGCUAGGCUUUUCAAAGCAAAAAUAAAAGGACUUUAAACUUGACUAAAUGUUAGACCACAGCAGUGCUGUUUGAAAGUAUAAUGCACUAUGUUUAUACUCAGAUUCUUGGAACUGGAAAGUAGAAAAAGAAAUUUUUCACUGAAGUCAUUUUCUGAGUAGUUCAGUUUAGAAUAAUGAAGGUAACCUGAAAAACAAGUUAAUCUUUCAUAAGUUUGUAUUGAUUUUUUAAAAGGCAAUAUGUAAUUGAAAUUGUACUGUCCAAUCCAAGGGGAAAUAUUUUAAUCUAUAGAUGGCAUGAGAAGUGAGACCCAGCAUUGAAGCAGGCCAUUCUUUAGAAACAAGACUUGGUACUGUGAGAUGUUGCUGUUGUGUUCUUUUGGCGAUGGGUGCCGCAGAUAGGAAAAUCACUGGAUCAGGGACUUGAAUGCACUUUGCUUGUUUGAAUAUAGACUGAGAGAGAGGGAAAAUGUAUUUAAGAGAAAUAGGAGAAAAAAAUGUGAAAGUUUUACAGGUAGAGGGAUGGAAUGGAUUGUUUAGUGUUGAUGUCAUGGAGGGACGGAGCGGCUUUGCCGGCACUCAAAGCUCCUUGCUUAGUUGUUUUCUGAGACUUUAAGAGUUACGAGGUGUGUCUGUAAAGCUAAUUCUUCUUAGCAUACACACUAAAUGAGUAUUAUAUCCUCAAAUAGUGAAGUGAAGGCUUCACACUAAUUCCAGUGUCAAAGCUUUUAUGCAAAAUCUUUUUAGAACUCCUCUUUUCAAACCAUGUUUGAAUCUUCAUUCUUUUUAAAAAUAUUCUUAAUGGUUGUUUUUCCCUUUAGGAAUAUAGUUGAUUUUGGGAGGGAAACUUAUUCAGAAGAGUAACAGUGGUUCAAACAGGGCGAGUUUUUGACUACUUGAAGUGUAAAGUAAAACAUGCAAAAUAAGACUGAUUUUUCCAACUAAGAAAGAAAUUCCAAGAUGUGAAUUUGAAUAUCAGCAUUAUUGGCUUAAGAGUCUAUCAGAGAGCCAGGGAUGUAGCUCUCAGUGGCCCCGCUGCCUGCCUCACAAGCGCAAGGACCGGAGUUCAAUCCUCAGUACCAAAAAAGAAAAAGUCUAUCAGAGAAAAGCUAAAUUUGAUAAAUUAAAGUCUAUUAUUCAUGUUUUUUAGAACAGUUUUAUAGUCAUACUUUAAACCUGUAUAAGGUUCUGUAUUUUCAUAUGAUUUUUAACUACCAUCACUUCAUCUGAUUUAAUCGUGAAGUUAGAAAUUCUGUGCCGUGGUAUAAAUGUUCAAAUUCAAGCCAUUUUGAAAUGUGCAAGUUGGCAACAGUACUGGUACUAAAGAGUGCGGUUGUGUCCUCUGUUUACAUAACCUGUGUAGUGUGGAAUCCCUGACCAAGAGGGGCUUCCUGAGGAGAGUCGCAUCGUUAUUUCCCCUUGACACACACAACCUGUGGCGUGAGUUUUUAAAAGGGCUUUAUGGUGAACUAUGAUGUUGUAAUUUUUGUAAGCAUCUUCAAAGAGGUAGCAAAUUUAUGUUUAUUUACUAAUUCUGAUCAGGAAAAUUGAUGGUAUUCAUUAGAUUUUAACUGAAUGAAGCAGUUCCUUCUAAUCACAAUUGUACAGUAAGGAUAAAACACUAACUUAAUAUGUAUUCAUUUUAAAUUGUUAUGUAUUUUUAAAUUGCCAAGAAAAAUAAACCAUUUUGUAUAUUUGAAAAGCUUUUUCCAACAGCUUUCGUCUUCAGUGUCUUAAUGUGGAACUUAACCCUUACCAAAAGUGGAAGUUGGCAAAAGCAGCUUCUAGCAGAUAUACUUUUUUUAAUGAAUAAUGAUAACCUAAGACUUAAUAUUUUUAUAAAGUACUAUAUCAUUUUGU